GUCUAGAUCUAUAUUCUAGAAUAUAUCAAUAUUUUAUUUUUGUUUCCAAACCAGCUUUGUACUAAUCUAGAUCUUGAUAUAAAAACAAUAACAAAAAUGGCAGAACUAUUGGACGUGUCCCCUACUAACUAUGAACAUGAUACUGAUGUCAACCUUCAACUUGGAGAGCUAGACUUCACAUCAGAAGACUUCUUGCUGGAUGAAGUGGAUGUACAUAUACAAGAGAAUCUGGAAGAUGAAAUAGUGAAAGAAGCUUUAAAAAAGGGAGUGGACUUGCGACACUAUUCUAAAGAAAUAGAACAAGAACUGCUGAAAGUUGAAAAUGAAUCUGUGCAAGAUUAUAUUAAAGAAAGUCAGAAUAUUGCAAGUCUACACAGACAGAUAGCAGCCUGUGACACCAUUUUGGAGAGAAUGGAACAGAUGUUGAAUGGUUUCCAAGGUGAUCUGAGCAGCAUCAGCACAGAGAUACAGUCCUUACAAGAUCAGUCUAUAGCCAUGAAUGUCAAACUGAAAAACAGACAAUCGAUACGUGGUGAAUUAAGUCAGUAUGUUGAUGAGAUGGUCAUUCCAGAAACUAUGAUCAAGUCCAUUCUAGAGUGUCCAGUGACGGAAGAUGAUUUCAAGGAACAGCUCCAUGAGUUAAACCACAAAAUAAACUUUGUCAAAGAGCAGUCCUUUAGAGAUGCCAGAGCUUGUCUUGAUGUGAAAGAUAUUUUAGAAAAACUCAAAAUCAAAGCCAUUUCCAAAAUCAGAGAAUUUUUACUUCAAAAGAUUUAUGCAUUCAGAAAGCCCAUGAGCAAUUAUCAAAUUCCUCAGAAUACGUUGCUCAAGUUUAGGAUUUUUAAUGAAUUCCUGAUGGCCAAUGAGAGGCAUGUUGCUAAGGAAGUGAGAGAUGAGUACAUAGAUACUAUGAGUAAAAUUUAUUAUUCCUACUUCAAAGGCUACUCCAGCCGCUUGACCAAACUUCAGGUUCCUAGUGAGGAGACCAAGCAGACUAUGGGAACUAAAUUGGGGCAUUGUUUUUCAGUCCGUGCCAGAUACAUUUCCAAAGUGUUUGAAGAAGCUGCAGCCCGAGAUGAUUUGAUGGGAGUGGAAGAUACAGCCAAGAAAAGUUUUUUCUCUUCCAAACCAACAUUGAAGAAUAGAUCAACAGUGUUUACACUUGGUAACAGAGGGGAAAUUUUAACAGCAGAGCUAGAGGCCCCAGUCAUUGUUCCUCAUGCUGCUGCUAAAAAUGAAACAAGAUAUUCCUUUGAGAGUAUAUUCCGCAGCCUUCAGUUUGCUUUGAUGGACAAUUGUUGUAGAGAGUAUUUGUUUUUGUCAGACUUUUUUAUGGUGUCAGGAAGUGGAGCACAAAAUCUGUUUGAGAGCAUCAUGGGAAAAACUUUGGCCACAUUUAUUAAAUUAAUGGAAGAAAAUAUUCAAGACUCUUACGACUCCAUUGGAAUAUUUUUAUCUGCACAUGUUGUCUACAGAUAUCAAAGCAUCAUGUCAAAGAGAAAUGUUCCUGCUCUGAACAGAUACUGGGACACCAUCUUGAAUUUGUUAUGGCCAAGGUUUGAGUACAUUGUGUCUAUGAAUAUCCAGAGUGUAAGAGAAUGUGAGCCCAGUAAACUAGGUCACAUUGACAAUAGACCCCACUAUAUUACUCGUAGAUUUGCUGAGUUCUCAGCUGCAAUAGUUGGCAUCAAUGCUUCAUUUCCAAAUGAUCGGGUGAAUCGUGUCCUUGGUCAGCUUCAAGCAGAAGUGGAAAAUUUUAUCCUCAAAAUGGCAGCAGAGUUUCCCCAGCGGAAGGAGCAGCUCAUCUUUCUCAUCAACAACUAUGACAUGAUGCUGGGAGUUUUAGUGGAGCGUACAAGUGAUGAUUCCAAAGAAGCUGAGAUGUAUCGAGACCUUCUGGCAGCUCGGACUCAGGAGUUUGUGGAAGAAAUCCUGGCCCCUCACUUUGGUGGACUGAUUACGUUUGUCAAAGAUUCAGAAGUUUAUUUGGAAAGAAACCAAGCUGACAAGCUCCAGGCAGAAGAAAAAAGAGUUCUACAAAUCGUGAGAGGAUUUAACAAUGACUGGAAGAGGGCUCUAGAGAAUAUCAACCAAGAUGUCAUGAGAGCUUUUACUAAUUUUAAAAAUGGCACUCAAAUACUGCAGGGAGCUCUGACCUUACUCAUCCAGUAUUAUCACCGGUUCCAGAAAAUUCUCUCCCAGCCAGUGUUCCGCAACUUGCAGAUCAAACAUGAGCUCAUUAACAUUCACCAUGUGAUGGUAGAAGUGAAGAAAUACAAACCUACAUUUUAACUUGUUCACUAAGUUGAAUCCAUUCCUGUAGAAAUGGUUUGGUUUUGUGAUAAAUUCCUGUGUAACUUUUUUUUUUUCACACUCGACAUUUCUGUUUUAAAUUCCUGAUACAUUAUAUAUGCACUUCAAAGGGAAGUAAUUUUUUUCUCCUUUUUGAGAUGAGUUGUACAAAUGGAGGCAUAGUGCGGCUGGGUUAGAUUAUUGUUUGAUUAUAGGAAAAGUUUUUUGUCAUGGUCAAAAAUUGCUGGUCUUUUUUCGUGUGUACAUAUUAGCUUAUCCUUUCUUUCAUUUAAUUUAUUUGUCUCAUAUUGUUGACACACAUGUAAUUAUGUAAUAUAAGCAUUUGUGGGUAGCAUUUAGUAUUGUGUAUCAAUUCAGUAUGUAUACCUGUUAUUGACAAAAUGGAAUAUGUUGUAAUAAAAAUGUUUAAAUUAGAUGACAUGCUUUGAUGUGACCAUAUUUCAUGAUUUUCUUCAUCACAAUCAAGUGUAGUGAAAUUGACGUAAUGUAUUCAGAGCUUGUUGAUAAUUCUAAUGAAUGGCUGGAAAAUAAAAUGUAUCUUGCUACAAACGUGUUCUUCACAGUUUACUUUUCACUUUGUUGUUUGUCAAAUAAUUUAUUGAUGAGGUCUCACAGAACACUACACAGGCUGUUUCUUAGCUCU